AAAAUGGCUGUGGCUUAGGUAAGGUUAAGCCCAGGAUGCGAAGCAUACUAGCCUUUAUUUUAGUUGUUGAACCACUGUUUAGCUUGGUGAACUGCUGUUGCUUGGCUAUAUUUGGUUCGGCUAGACGAAGAAACAACUCAUGCGUUACUCUGCUUCGCCUUGGACGCCCCGGAUUGGACGCGGUGAGCGUCGAGCAACGCAGCGUUCGGCGUGGCAACGAAAUGUGUGCCUGAGCAAGCGACGCACGCCUGAGCCUUAGAAACAGCUCGUUUCUAAGGCAACACCGCAUUCACUAGAGGCGCUUUUGUACCGCUUUGAAGCAUCGUACUCGUGGCUCAGUGAGACGACUUCCGGCCACCGAGCGUGACGGACGUGUGCUUCAUGGGCUCCCAAGGAGCGGCUUUAGCGGCCCAGCCGGGUCGCGGUAUCAGGAGCACUGAAAUGCCUGCCCAGGAUUAUGAAAUGGUUGUUCCGCAUCUGCCAUCAGGUUCGAGUGUUUUGAACACAGUAUUUUUGCAUGCUGAUGUCUCCGCCAGGCCUUAUCGCGUCGAGCAUUUUCGCGACGCCCUAGCGCGUCUGUCAUUGCUGCCGGAUGUGGUUGCCCUUGGGGCAUAUCAGAUGAACCACCUGUGGGCCGUUACUUUCAACAGCGAAGGAGCGAAGGCAAAGAUUCUGCAGGCUGAAGCUUUCAAUGUGAAAGACCACCGCUGCGUGGUUAUUGAUCCGACCAACCGAGGUGUCAGGCUGAAGCUGUUUUGGCUGCUCCACGGUGUGCAAGACGACGACGUGCGAGUGGCAUUAGCAGCGUUCGGAAAAGUGACUGAAAUAACCCGCGAUAAAUGGAGGGUUAAAGGCUGCGUCGACAAGGCUUCAACAACACGGUCGGUUACACUGAAACUGAAGGUGGGUGUUACCAUCGAGGACUUGCCCCAUCAGUUGCGUGUUGGUGAGGACGUUGCCCUCGUCCAUGUUCCUGGUAGGGCUCCGCUCUGCCUUCGGUGCCGUGGAAAAGGACAUAUACGCCGUGAGUGUCGGGUGCCACGCUGCGGGCUAUGCCGGCGUUUCGGCCACGAUGAGAGCCAGUGCGUGCGUAGCUACGCUAAUGUUACGGGCCAGGCACGAAGUGAUCAAAUGGCCGAACACCUCAUGGAUGAAGCAGACGCGGUUGAAGCAACCCACGGAAGUGAGGGAGAUGAUGCCACCAAGGAGUCAACAUCCAAGGAAACCGCACCCGCACCCCGUGCAGAUACCAGCCAAGCCGGUAAGGACCAAACCCAGCCGGCCGUCGCAUCAAAGCCAGCGUUCCAUCCGGAAAAAGCGGAUAGCGUGACUGCUGUAAGCCUGGUUACGACUGGGCAGCAGGACGACAUCCAGGAAGUCGCCGAUACCGAGAUGCCUGCCGCGUCAAGUGUACCAGUGAAGCGGGCUCACGAGGAUUCGGAUAUUCAGGAACCGAGAUUGGUCGGUGAACGCGGCGAGGAGCCUCCGCCGAAGGCACCUUCAACGCGCCGCGGACCGUUCAAGCCCAAACCGAAAUUGCCACCGGAACGCAGUACUGCGUCUGCACUCCCUCCGCCUUAGCGGAGGCUUCUUUUGCCACAACGGUUGAAGCCCGGUCUUUGAUCGGGUCAGUACUAAGCUCAAACGCCUUAAUUGAUAUGGUUUCACCCUGUUUGAUGUGUGAGUAGACUGAUCGGCGUCUCCCUUUUCCUUAGAUGGCUACCAACCUGAC